GAGCACAUUAAAGUCGAGGCAAGACAAUCCAAGUUUGUUUCAGUUUUCGUAAUGGCUGCAGUUGCGGCUGUUCCAGCAGUGGAGGCCUCCCGAAGCACGCUGUCAAUGCGUGAGAAAGCUAUGCUAAAGCAGGAGAUAAACAAACGACACAAUGGAAACUUCUCCGCUGGGUAUGUGCCUAUCUUUGAGAACUCGCUGCACAAAACUGGUUUACGGGGUCGGAAAGCGUUUCUCUUCUAUGGCUUGGUGGUGGGUCUCUUCGUGGUUUCUCUCGCCAACCUUGCGGUGACUGUGAUGCUGCUGGGUGUCUUGCGUAUUGGAUAUGGCAUGGAAAGCCUUGAAUUCCUCCCCAGUGGCCAGCUGUUGAGGUUUCUAAACAAUGCUGACCUUGGGACCGUUAUUCCGCACAAGGGCGUCAUCGGAGGCUUUAAGGACACAGACCUGCACAUAAUUGGGGAAUCACAACCAGUCGUUGUGAGGACUUCGGGGGACAAGCAAGCUGGUCGGCAAGCGUCCGACACAGCUGGACCGAGCCUGGAAGUGGGCCCCGACUGGACUGUAGUGAGCAAUGUCAAGGAAUUCAGAGUCCGCAGCCCAACCACAGGCCGAACAAUCUUCUCAACUGAAUACCAGGGUUUCCAACUGCCUAAGGGUAUACCAAAUCUCAGCGUCAAAGAGGCCCAUGUGUCACGGCUCACCAGUGCCAAGCGUGAUCCACUCAUCAUUUCAUCUCCUUACCAAAUUCUACUCAAAGGCAAUGGAGGGCUGGAUAUGGAAGGGCACAACAUCACUUGGUCAGCAGGACACAACAUUUUUCUGAGGAGUGUGAACCAAAGCCUUACCUUGGAUGGCAGCAACGGCAUCCGUAUCCUAGCGGCCGGUUUGCCACGCUCCGAGAACCCUUCAAGCGAUGCCUCAUACUGGUACAAGCUGUGUGUGUGCAUGCCUUCUGGCCGAAUCUUCCGUGUACCAGUUCGGGAGCAGGGCUUUGGAUGCGGAGAUGUGAGGUUUCCAGAGAGCGUCAACCCCUGUACCUAGGCGCAACUGUGCAGCAUGCUACAUAUUGUCUACACGUCACUGAGAUAGUCAUUAAGGCCUGAAACACACUAGCUGAAAAAUGCACACGGUGUGCUCCUGGAGGCAAAACACAAGCAUCCAGAACUGCUGUGUGGCAGCAUUCUCAUGCUGCGAAAGGGAUGGGUUCGUGCACAAUUGUUUGCGGUGCGCCACAUGCGCUUUCCAGUACUAACACCUUCAGUGACGUAUGCAUGCCAUAACAGUUUUAUGCAGACCUGCCCGGACACUCGUUUCGUUGUCAUGUGGAGGCUCAUUUCGCCCUUUUGUCAGCGCUUUUUUGUCUUGGUCCGCACUUAUUCCGUCUUUCACUAUAGAACAGGGCUUGUUGCUGAGCUAGUUGGUUCAUUACUUGAGAAAAAUAGGUAUGUCGCAAAAAGGACGGGGAUGAAGUUAAGACCACAAACUGACAACACAUGGCUUUGUACUGAGCAGUACUAAGGGGAAGGUUUUUAGAACUCCUACAUGCGUGCAUAUUUCAUUCUCUAUGGCAAGUAAGAUUCGUUUAUGACUGCAACUGUGGCAGCAAAACCCUGGUAUUCACUCUUUCAACAAAGCCUUGUGGGGCUGACGUAAUCCUCUUUGUGCUGUCGUAAGUAUGCAUGACCCCCCGCUCCACAGAAAUGCGCUGCAGAGGCAGUGACGUCAGCCUUUGUACUCCCAUUCAACAAUCCAAAACGGAGGCGCUCACCGCUGUUUGGUGUGGCUGCACCGCUGCAGCGGCAUUUCUCUGCCGGCGGCACACUGCGUGCGUUUUUCUGCUAGUGUGUGUGGUCCUUAAAGGGGUACUGACACCAAUUUUCGCAACUGAAUUUACUCUGCCAUACAAAUCUCCUGUAUACAGAGAGAGCUAUGAGCAAGUAUGAAGCUUAGGAAAUGCUGAUAAGAUAGUUUGUUUUGACAUGUAAAGUGAAUUUUCAUACGGUGCACCUGCUGACAUCAACACUAGUGUGACAUGAGGCUACAGUAUCAGUUCUGGCAACUUCAUACAUCAUUGUGACUAGUUCUGAGGACCUUGGGCAUCAAAAUGUGCAAAAUGGCCCCUUGUGCGUCACCAACAGAGCCGCAGAGCAGAGCAGCGAUGGAAAUGUCACACUAUCUUGAGCAAGCAUGUGACAAGAAGCCCAUAUUGUGUUGCGACGUCAGGGUACUGUAGGAACCAAAACUAACUUUUAAAAACACGUUGUAAUUAUUUUUCAGUCGACACUCGUGCUUAGCAGGGCAUUUUCUAGGCUCUUGAGGACUCGGCCUUUCAUUUGAUGCAAAAAAAUGACAACUGAGGAUUUUCGUGUCAGUACCCCUUUCAUAGAUAUCUUUAGGCAAAGGUCGGUUUUUGAAGCAGAAAACAUGCCAAGAUCCCUUUAGUCAGUUUUCUUGUUAAUACCUUUAUAACUGCUAUUGAAAAACAAUGUGAUGUAGAAAUGACCUUUUCUGUGCCAAAUGUCCUACUAAAAGAAAAAAGAAACACUACCCAAUUCAUCGAAAUUAUAACUGGUUCACAUUGAACAGAUUUUGUUAUUGGAAAUUCAGCAACAUUUCUUUUUCUGCUAAUUGCUAUUACCAAUAUUGUUCGUGUGCUUUAAAGGAGUAAUGACGUGAUUUUGAGACAUCGCAAAAGGGACAUUUUACGUUUCCUUGGUAACGCUCUCCACAGACCGGAGUCAGACAACACGUGUAAAAUAUUUUACUUUGAUUUUAAAGUUUUUGUCGCUGAGCAUAUGCAAGCCAGCCCCACUGCAGUGGACAUUAUCCCGACGAGUAAACACAGUUCCACUAAGUACGCGAAUUCUGCGUCCUGCAUGCAGCCAAAAUCGCAGAAAUCGCUGUCGGGGUCACUGGACGACAAUUCCCCCAUCAUUGUUUACGUGUAUCACGAGCAGAUGACAGAUCUGCCGCUAGUACGUCGCGAGUUGCUGUCUCCCCGUGACGUCACACUGCAAUGAUACAGUCGCUGAGAAGCCGCCCCCUCGAUAUCGAAACUGAAACCUUUUUUCUAAGGUAGCGGUAUUAAAAAUAUAUUCGAUGCAUUCCCAUGCACCACAAUACUCCUUUUAGGUUCCUCGACACCAGUCUUUUUAUUUGGAGCAACAAUCCGAAAAUAUUUAAAAUUCAUGUGAGUACUCCUUUAAGUUACGGCUAGGCACGACCACGAAAAAAGUCUAAGGCCCUACAUCUCCCACAACAGAAGUUCAGCAUAAUUUUAUGUUAAUGCGUGUACACCAGUUUAUUUCAUUCGCUACUCCAGUGUCUCGAGUGAAUUGUACUACCAAAGCAUAGGUAGGUUCAUGAAUAUUUGUUAUGGCACGUCAGUUUGCCUAAAGACAUUUUAAUAAUUUUGCAGUUGCUGACCACCACAGGAGUUGUGUUCAGCAAGCUUGCUUUUUGGAUUCUCAGUCAUGGUAACCGCAUAUGGGCAAGUGUGGGUGCAAUACAUUCAUGUGUUGAUAUAUUAAGGUGUUCAAUGGUGAGCAGCAAGUGGCAAAAAUUAGUCCCUCUUUCGAAUAUCUUUCAUAGCCUGCUGUGUAGCUUUGAAAUGUGAAGCCCUGUGACUAUUAUUUUGGUCCACAAAAACUGCCAUAUUGAGAACACUGCCUUUAGCAGGAGCCUUUUCUACAGUAGUGUGCAGUACUAGGUUCACACAUUUAAGCAGUGUCAGGUGCACUUGCAUUACCAUUUACGUAUCAACAAAAUAGUCCUGAAAUACAUGUGUGUUGAACUUUAUUUUAUUUUCCUUUCAGUUGUUCAAAAUCAUUGACAUUCUUCAGUUUUCAAGUUUUACUUCUAAUUUAUCACUUACUGUGCAAAUUGAUUAGCUAAUAAGCCAACAAAAGUAGAAGUGAUAGUGUAUGGUGUUGUACCUAAUGUCAACAUUGUUUUCACAUCAUGCAUAUCCUCUGUGUGUUUUUUAUCUCGUCCGACAUCUUUUCUUUGCACUAAUUACUGGUAGAUAUGUCUCAAGUCUUCGGUAUUUGUCAACUAACCCAGCUUUCUUCACCAAUAUUACUGACAGAACAGCUUUACUAUGGUGUAGGGUCUUGCAGUGGACUUAACAUUAAGCAAAAGUAAUCACUGAGGGUUAUCUUUUGAGACUACAGCUUCUGGCAGAAAUUUUCCCUGAAACUAGAAGAACUCGUGCAAAUCCCAAUAAAUGAAGCGUUGGGGUCACAUUUUGCUGCAUUUAAUUUCACUCUUUCUGUUUUUUCACCUUUAUUAUCACCUAAAAUGCUGCAAUUAUCGCUGUGAUAGUCAGCAUGACAAACAUUUAGACAGGAGUGAAAGGUGAAACUGGUCAUUAUAAAGUGUGGCCCCUGGUGCUCACAGCCUGGGAGUAUUUCAUCAGAUGGCCUGAUAUGCUGCAGUCCUACAGGUAUCACACUUCUCAUGUGCCACAUGUUUUUCUCCUCAGUCUCUCAGUUAGUGACAUGGGCGUAGGGAGGGGUGUGCAAAAGGGGCACUUGCCCCCAUCCCCCAGCCACGAAGCAACAUGUGUUUGCACCCCCCAAAGACAAAAUCCUGCCAACGACCAUGGUUAGUGGUCGUACUAAGUAGUCAUUGUGCUAUUAUGCUGUUGCCAAUUCAUUUGGAAGGUCAAUGUAGAGAAGUGCAGCUGUUGAAAGUAGGGAUGUGCACAUAGUCAUUUUUAGACUUGCAAAGCAAAUACAGUGCGCACUUCACAAUGACACAGAAAGGUACAACGAAACAUGGUGCCUGUGUGUGGUCUUCCCUUUCUGUGCUUUUGUGAUAUGUACGUUGUUCUAGCUUUGUGAUGGUCAGGCAGCUGACUCGAGAUGUGUUAUUCAAGCUUUAAUCGAAUAUUGAAUGCUUUUCAUGUAGUUUUGGACAAACUGAUCAUUUUCUUGAUUAAUAUUACAACAGUGUUCAUAUUCAAGAUUCGCAAUGGUCACAAAGUUUGUGCCAUAACAUUGUACAUUAAGAAGUAUGCAGAAUAACUAGGUAGUUUGAACAUCCAGCAUUCUUUGGAGUAUGCAAGCGAUCCUUGUAUUGGGGGCAAAUAAGCAAAAAACGCAGGAUUUACAAGUGAUAGUGGUGUAACUACGUAACUGUUUUACAAUUGUUACUAGGAUGAAAUCUAUUUCACUUUUACUGCAAAAUUAUGUCUGAUCAUGAACACUGCAAGAAGCCUCGUGCAGUGAUGUUUGCUGACAUGUACUACUGUUAACCUCAUUGUGAUAAUGAAAAUUGAUUCCCGAAACUUCUGCAUAAUUUCCCCUUAUUGUUAGUCAUCCACAAGUAGCAUCUAAACGUGACAGAAGUUGACAACAUUGAGUCAAAAUGAUCGCCAGUAGCCAAACGGGGCAUUUCAGGCUGAUGCACACAUUUUGUUGAAGGGACUUGUGUUCAUCAGGGUGACGAUCCACAUUCAUUAAUUUAAAACAUUAACUCCAGCCUGCAAUAUUCCAUGUUUAACUCCUUUUUAUGAGCACAUGUAAUAUAUAUAAUGUGCUUGGCCUUAUAAAGCUGUUUUCCACUGAUUUCACGACUUCUGUAUGUUGUUUUGAUGGAAAUAAAGACACACCUUGGACAAUGCGUUU